GCCGUGGAUGCUCUCGUGCUGCGUUAUUUCCUGGAGUACCAGUGGUUCGUCGAUUUUGCCAUCUACUCCACCGCCGUGUACGUCUUCACUGAGGGCUACUACUGCCUGGUGGACCCCCAGAAGGAGACGAACAUCGGGGUGCUCUGGUGCCUGCUGACGGUUGUCUUCUCCGUGUAUCCUUCUGCCGGCUUUUGGGGCCUGGCCGGCGUCAGCAGCAACCUGGAGAGCAUCCUGAAGCAGCGGGGCUGGGAGUGGACGCUGCCCCUCGCCAAGCUGGCCUUCAAGCUGGGGCUGGUGGCCCUGUGCUCCUUCCUGGGCGCCUGCCUGACCUUCCCGGGGCUGCGCCUGGCCCAGACGCACCUUGACGCUCUCCGGAUGGCGGCCGACAAGCCCCUGACCCAGGUCCUGCUUCACCUGAGUUUCCUGGCGCCUCUCCUUGUGGUGGUGAUGUGGAUCAAGCCCAUCUCGCGGGAUUUCCUGCUCCACGCGCCCAUGGGCAAGCAGACGGUGCAGAUCAUGUCGGACUCUGCCUACAACACCACGCGCCUCUGGACCGUCGUCGGCCUCUGCCUGUUGCGCCUGGCUGUCACCCGCCACCACCUCCAGGCGUACCUGGGCCUGGCCGAGCGCUGGGUGGAGCAGAUGAGGAAGGAAGCCGGGCGCAUCGCCGUCCUGGAGAUCCAGCGCAAGAUCACGAGGAUUUACUGCUACGUCUCCGUGGUCAGCCUGCAGUACCUGGGACCCAUCAUCCUCACCCUCCACUGCACGCUGCUCCUCAAGACGCUGGGGCACCACUCGUGGGGGCUGUACCCGGAGCCCCCUCCCCUCCCUCCGGCAGCGACCGCAGCACCGCCACGUCCCGGCAGCGAGGACAGGGAGGACGUGCGUGCCGCGGUGGAGCAGAUCACAGGCAUCUUGGGAGGCAUCUUCACCCCUCUCUUCUUCCGCGGAUUCUUCGCCUUCCUCACCUGGUGGGUGGCCGCCUGCCAGGUCGUCACCAGCCUCUUCGGCCUCUACUUCCACCAGUACCUGGCAGCCUCCUGACUGCAGGGAGCUGGGACCUGCCUUGGGGUGCAGGUGGUGCCCAGCUGCUGGUCCCCUUGCUCCUGCCUCGGCUGGUUUCCCCCUUUGCAGGUGCCCGUGGCACACGUGGACACGCAUGUGGGGACACUUCUGUCAUCGGUUCUUGUCACGACGGGUUUUAUGCAUGCGGGCUGGCGUGGGCAUCGCCUGCUCCUGCUGCCAAUCACCACUGUGCCUGCUCUUGCCCCGCUGCCGCUCCGGGCUGCGUCCCUCUUCCCCUUCCCAGCCCCGCAUGGUGAUGGAGGAGCUGAAGCCCCGCAGCGGGGUUUGCUGCUGCCUGCUCUGACCCGUUGCAGCUGCCCGAGGCUCUGCUGCUCUGUUUUUCUCAAGGGCAGCCACUCCUGCCAGCCCUGGGCAAUACAUGCCAGGCAGAGGACUCGGCAAGGAUCACCCUUGCGUGGUGGAGACCCCACCACAGCCGGGCUGGACCGACAGCGUGGCUUGCCAGCACAGACUUUGGAGUUUCCUCUGCCUAGUGUUUGCUUCCACCGGCUGAGGUUGAGUGUGUUUUUGUAGGGUUGCUGCUCUGGCCAGCUGAGUCCGAGCUCCUUGGGGGUCAUCCCUCUGCUUCGUGUGAAAUCCUCAGGCCCAGCAGCCGCCUCAGCUGUUGGCCGUUCUAGAAAUAAAUAAGUAACCCAGAGUCCAUUUGCCACGC